CGGCGAGCUCCAGCUGAGGGCAGGGGUCGGGCUGGCGGGGACUGGCAGGGCAGGUCAGGCCGAUAGGCGGCGGCACCUGGACGCGCCAGCAGCGGCACCGCCCGCCCGCCUGGCGGGGAGGGGAAGGAGGAGGCGGAGGCGGGGGGAACGGAGCGGCUGCCGCGCGCUGCCGCAUGUGCCUGGAGCGGCGCCGGAGCGGGCAGUGCGAGCCAUGGCGGAGCACGGCGGCCCCGGCAUCCCCAACGGCGAGUGCGCCGCCCGCCGCCCCGGCAACAGGGUCACCGUCGUGCUGGGCGCCCAGUGGGGCGACGAGGGUAAAGGCAAGGUGGUGGAUCUGCUAGCUCAGGACGCCGACAUCGUCUGCAGGUGCCAGGGAGGCAACAAUGCAGGGCAUACAGUUGUUGUGGAUGCUGUGGAAUAUGACUUUCAUCUUCUGCCAAGUGGGAUCAUCAAUCCAAAAGUCACUGCCUUCAUUGGAAAUGGUGUUGUAAUUCAUUUGCCAGGACUCUUUGAAGAAGCUGAAAAAAACUUAAAGAAAGGAAAAGGACUAGAAGGCUGGGAAAAGAGACUAAUAAUUUCUGACAGGGCUCAUAUUGUGUUUGAUUUUCACCAAGCUGCUGAUGGCAUCCAAGAACAACAGAGGCAAGAACAAGCAGGAAAGAAUCUGGGAACUACCAAAAAAGGAAUUGGUCCAGUAUAUUCUUCAAAGGCAGCUCGAAGUGGACUCAGAAUGUGCGAUCUUGUUUCUGAUUUUGAUGACUUUUCUGAGAGGUUCAAAGUGUUAGCCAAUCAGUACAAAGCAAUAUAUCCUACUUUAAAAAUAGAUAUUGAAGGGGAAUUGGAAAAGCUGAAGGGCUACAUGGAAAAAGUAAAACCAAUGGUAAGGGAUGGUGUUUAUUUCAUGUAUGAGGCUUUACAUGGACCACCAAAGAAGAUCUUAGUUGAAGGUGCAAAUGCAGCACUGCUGGACAUAGAUUUUGGCACAUAUCCUUUUGUGACUUCAUCAAACUGCACAGUUGGAGGUGUGUGCACAGGACUGGGCAUGCCGCCGCAGAACGUCGGGGAAGUGUACGGGGUGGUGAAAGCCUACACAACCAGGGUUGGAAUUGGUGCCUUUCCUACAGAACAGGAUAAUGAAAUUGGAGAAUUGCUGCAACAGAGAGGCAAAGAGUUUGGUGUUACCACUGGUAGGAAGAGAAGAUGUGGCUGGCUGGACCUUGUCUCACUCCGAUAUGUCUAUAUGAUUAAUGGAUUUACUGCAUUGGCACUUACCAAAUUGGACAUCUUGGAUGUAUUUCCAGAAAUCAAAGUUGGUGUUGCAUACAAACUAGAUGGUGACAGCAUACCUCAUUUUCCUGCCAGCCACGAAGUCUUAAACAAAGUAGAGGUUCAGUAUAAGACACUCCCAGGAUGGGUCACAGACAUAUCAAAUGCCAGGACGUUUGAUGAUCUGCCUGUGAAUGCACAAAACUACGUUCGUUUUAUAGAAACGGAGUUGGGUGUUCCUGUUAAAUGGAUUGGAGUAGGGAAAUCCAGGGAAUCAAUGAUCCAGCUGUUUUAAAGAUUUCAGAUGCAUGGAAGAAAGCACACUCCUCAAAAGACUGCUCAUUCUUAAAUGCAUUAGUAGCCCGCAAAGCAAAGAUGUUGGAAAGAUAGAUUUUUGCAUGGGAAGAAAUGCUAGAGUUGAUACCCCCAGAUCAAUUGCUACUCCUGAAAGAGACUCUUAACACGAAUCUGUAUCAAUUCCUGUUCAACUGCAGUUACCAGGACACUUCUCAUUGUUGUUCAAGGUGCCAUCAGAUUUUUUUUCUUUACCUACUAUUUACUUCAUAAUGUAAUUCCUGUUUGCAAGUCUAAGGUAGCAUUGCUUUCAUGACUGUUUGUCUUUGUUAUCCUCUCUCUGCUUUUGGCGGUGUUACUUCCCUGAAAUUUUAGACAGUAAAAAUAAUGCAGUUUUGCACAAAUAGUUUUACAUCCUCAUUAUUUGUAUUCCUAAAGCUGUUGUAUUCUUAAUGACUGGUCUUGUGAGUGAUUAAAGAGGGGGAGUCUGAUUUUAUAAUGCUAUAAAUGCUGUCUAAAUUAUUGUGUGAUCUCUUUUUUAAAAGAAGAUGUGAUGCCAAGUUGUUAUGAAUGUCCAGGUUUUUUUAGCUGUAUAACACAGGAAACUUGCUCUUUGUAACUCACAGAGGAUACUCAAGUGUUUACCAGGAAGUGUGCCCAGAAAGUUAGAAAACUGAUAUUGUAAAAAAGUUCAUUUGAAAUUAUUAAAGAACCAUUCUGAUUUUGAGUUAAA